AUGGGCUCAACCUCCGAACUUCGACUUGCGAUACUCGUGAACCACCCGCCUCACACAACUUUUUGGCCCGAGGUCAAACAAGCCUUUGUGGAUGCCUUCGCCAUCGUCGCUCCACAUGCUAGAAUCGACUUCUACGAUCCCAUCAUAAAGAGAGAGUAUCCAGACCCACUGAAAUAUGACUUGAUCAUAUUGAGCGGUGGCAAAGGGAAUUCCUUGUCCGCUGAACCAUGGAUCUUACGACAAAUUAAUUUUGUCAAGGACAUGGUAGAGAGGUACCCCAGAAAGAAAAUCCUCGGUAUAUGCUUCGGCCACCAGGUCAUCGCUCAAGCUUUGGGUGGUAAAGCAAGGGACAUACCCUCUGGUCCCAUCGCUGGUCUUGUCAAAAUCAACCUGACCGAAGCAGGACUCAAGUUCUUCCCUGGUUGUGCAACAAAGGGCCAUUACGCCGCUUCUCAGUUCCAUGUGCGAGAGGUUAACGAGGCGCCUCCCGGCUUCACUCCGCUUGCUGAGAAUAACGAGGCAUUGUUGUCUCACUCAAACACGGUCAUUUCCUUCCAAGCACAUCCGGAAAUUGACGGCAUCUUCUCCAGGAAGAUUCUUGAUGAUGACGACCCGACGUAUAUCGAGCACUUGACUUCGGCGGAAGUCGAUGACUUGAAGAAUCAUUGUGCUGAUGCACAGGACGGAACGGACAUGCUUGCGCGUGUUAUCGCUUGGGUUGAAGAGGGGCCUGAACUGUAA